GAUUAUAAGAAUUGACUAAAUGACCAUGUCCCAAUGGCUCCAGGAAUUUCUACUACCUUCUCGUUAAUUGUCAAUUCGAUAUAAAUAUCUCCCUCCAGCGCCGAUGAAACUCCUUCUCUCGUUUUCAAUCGCAAUCACAGCUAUCUUCCUAUCGCUAUAUUCUAGCCAUCUCAAAGCGCUAGUUUCCUACAUACAACAAGAAGUGUCUACUCGCCUCAACAUCACCACAAACACAACCAACACAAUUACCCCGGGCCAAAUCAACGCAGACUCCUUCCCAGUAACAAUAACCCCACCUACGAACAAAAUGGCCGUUCCCCGCGCAAUCCGCCAAGUCUUUCUGGCCAUCGAACAAGCCGAGGGUGCCGGUGCCCGCGUUCGCCGCUCAAUCGGGACUGCCAAGCUGCGCAACUUCAGCCCCUUCCUCAUGCUCGACCACUUCACCAUUGGCAAGGGUGCCGGCUUCCCAGACCACCCCCACCGCGGCCAAGAGACCAUCACCUACCUCCUGUCCGGUGGCGUUGACCAUGAAGAUUUCGCCGGCAACAAGGGCACCAUCGGACCUGGCGACCUGCAAUUCAUGACCGCGGGGCGCGGAAUCAUGCACGCGGAAAUGCCCCACGAGAACCCCGACGGCAGCCCCAACGUUGGCAUGCAGCUGUGGGUCGAUCUGCCCAAGAAUCUCAAGAUGUGCGAGCCGCGGUACCGCGAUCUGCGUGCGUCGGAGAUCCCUAUCGCCAAGGUGGAUGACGACCGGGUCACGGUGAAGGUCAUCUCCGGCCAAUCGCAUGGAGUUGACUCGGUGCGCGAUUUGGCCUAUACGCCCGUGUGGCUCCUGGACGUUGCGAUCCGGCCGGGUGGACGCAUUGCGCAGCCCCUACCGAAGGGGUGGAAUGCAUUUGCCUAUACCCUUUCCGGAACAACAGUCUUUGGGUCGAAUGAUUCCACAAAGUUAGUGAAGGAGUUCCACAAUGUGGUCUUUGACCAGGGCGGAGAUUAUGUGGAGGCUUCGGUGCCAGAUAAUGCCGAGUCGGAGUCCAGGUUCAUUCUGGUGGCGGGUCAGCCUUUGGACCAGAAGGUUGUGCAGUAUGGUCCGUUUGUCUUGACCAGCCAGGAGGAGGUUUACCAGGCAAUGGUUGAUUAUCAGACUGCGUCAAACGGAUUCGAGAGAGUCCGUGGGUGGGAGAGUGAAAUCGGCAAGAGAAUGGCGUUCUAGAUAAGAGGUUACAUAUGCGUUCUUGAUGUGGAUUUUUCGUACUGUUUGAUGAUACUCAAUGUGGCGUUUCUUUCCUGUUGCCUUUUAUAAACAUUGAAAAUGUCGCGCAUGGAUAUGGUGUUUCUGAGUUCCUAUUUCAAUAGAGCAUCUUUGUGGUCAA